AGAGGGGAGCUGAGCCUGGGGACAAACGGAGAACAGCACAGCGCCCUGUCCCACUCAAACUGGAGCACAGCAGCACCAGGGUCCCGCAGCAUCCAGCGCAUUGAAGGCCCUGGCUAUGGCUACGUCUAUACUUGGGGAAGAGCCUCGCUUUGGGACUACCCCUUUAGCAAUGCUGGCUGCGACCUGCAACAAAAUCGGCAACACCAGUCCGCUCACCACGCUGCCAGACUCCAGCGCCUUCUCCAAAGGCGGAUUUCACCCGUGGAAAAGAUCGUCGUCCAGCUGCAACCUGGGUUCCAGCCUGCCCGGCUUUAGCGUGGCCACGAGCCGCAGCAGCUCGGGACUACCGGCCACGACGGGCGCCAGCAGCAGCGCCUUUUGCCUGGCCUCCACCUCCCCGACCUCGUCUGCUUUCUCCAGCGAGUACAGCAGCUUAUUCUCCAACACAGCGGCGGGCGUGAGCUCGCAGGACUCGGGCCAGUCAGCAUUCAUCUCCAAAGUGCACACGUCCGCAGAGACGCUGUACCCUCGCGUGGGCGUGGCGCACCCCUAUGAGUCGUGGUACAAGUCCGGCUUCCACUCUACCAUCUCGGGCGACGUGGCGAACGGCGCGAGCUCGUGGUGGGACGUGCACACGAGCCCCGGCUCGUGGCUGGACGUGCAGAACCCUGCCGGUUCGCUGCAGACGUCGUUGCACUCGGGCACGCCGCAGGCAAUUCACUCGCAGCUGAGCGGCUACAACCCCGACUUCCCCGCGCUCACGCACUCCGCCUUCAGUUCCACGGGCAUCAGUCCGAGCGCGUCGCACCUGCUGUCCACCGGACAGCACCUGCUGGCGCAGGACGGCUUCAAGACCGUCAUUCCUGCCUACACGGACACAUCAGCGGCCGCCAACGCCAUGAUCUCGGGCGCGGGCUCGAGCAUCGGCAGCUCCUCGCGCUCCUCGCGGAGAUACUCGGGCCGGGCCACGUGUGACUGCCCCAACUGCCAGGAGGCCGAGCGGCUUGGCCCAGCAGGCGCGAGCCUGCGCAGGAAAGGACUGCACAGCUGCCAUAUCCCCGGUUGCGGCAAGGUGUACGGCAAGACGUCGCACCUCAAGGCGCACCUGCGCUGGCACACCGGCGAGAGGCCCUUCGUGUGCAACUGGCUCUUCUGUGGCAAGCGUUUCACGCGCUCCGACGAGCUGCAGCGGCACCUGCGCACGCACACGGGCGAGAAGCGUUUCGCGUGCCCCGUGUGCAACAAGCGCUUCAUGCGCAGCGACCACCUCAGCAAGCACAUUAAGACACACACGGCCGGGGGUGGGGGCAAAAAGGGUAGUGACAGCGACACCGACACCAGCAACCUGGAGACCCCCAGGUCCGAAUCACCGGAACUGAUCUUAGAGGCGGUGAACCCGCGGGGGGUCACGGUCAAAGAGCAGCAGUCUCCUCACCAUGAGUCCUGACUGACCCUCAGCAGCGCUGCUGAGCACACACUCGUCCAAAACUGACAAAAAAAAUCCACAGGAGACAGAAACGGGUCAGGAGUUUCAUGAACUGUUCUGGAGACGGUUUAGACCCUUGUGUCUCUUUUUAUUUGUAUUUUUAUUUUUUGGUUUGUUUUUUCUAUUAUAAUUAAUUUUAUUUUGGACAUUUAUGAACUAUUCUGGCGACAGUUGGACAGUUUAUUAUUAUUUUCUCUUGAUAUCUGAAAUAGGUAAACCCAGCCUUUUCCAAAAUCCCAGGUUAUUAAAUGGGAUAUAAAUAUUUAAACCUAAUCGUGGUUGUUUCUAUGCUGUAUCGUUGCAGGACGAUCGAUCGAUUACAAUGUAGGCGAAGUAAACUGGGGUUGAAUAUAUUUGCUUUAUCUUUUGGUUUGGAUCGGUGUGCAGCACAGUGACCCCGACCGACCGACCAACCGACCAGGGCUGGAAAACUGCGAGCUGAUCUGAGCUAAAUCUGUGUAGAUACACCCACAAACACCAUCAUUCCUUUUCAUCUCCUGUAAAUGUUCCUUCUGACUGUUUUGUGGUGGAUCCUGAAAUUCAGGGAGUUUUAUUUACUUUCGACGCACUUUGUGGAUGUCAGUAUGUAUGUAACACAGCUAUUUAAAAUUCAGUUACUCAUUUCUUUACCUUGCUGAAAGUAUAUAAAUGUUUAAUUGUAUAAAGUCUCGCGUAUAAGGCUUUCAUUUUGUAAUUAAAGGGAUUUAAAAUCGAAA